UGGGCAGACAGCCCCCGCCUCGGUUUCCAAAGGAUUGUUCCUUCCCUUUGCCCAUUUCGUGUGGUUAUUAUCCUGGCUGCCACCUCGGAGGCAGGAUUGGGCAGUGCCCCAGCGCCUGAAAGCCGAGAUAACGAGGGGCGAAGUAAUAGUAACAGCGACAGGACCCAAUCACGAUAAUAAUACACGCGAAAGGGGGGCGCCUGGGGUUGUGCCGCCCAGGGGAGCCCCGCGCGCAUCCCCGGAGCUCCCUGGCUGCCCCGUCCAGCCGGGGCUGCGACCUGCCCCUCCGGCGCUGUCCUGCGUCCCGGGCUCGUCCGCGUCGAUUUUAGCCGCGAAUGUGCCUCUCUUGGCCUUCUCUCGUGGUGAUGACUUUCAUCUGCAGGUGAGCUUUUAUAAACAUUUGACUUUACUCAAAAUGUGCAAAGAAGAAUAAUGGAAGCCCCUGAAUACCUGGAUUUGGAUGAAAUUGACUUCAGUGAUGAUAUAUCUUACUCGGUGACGUCGCUCAAGACCAUCCCCGAACUGUGCCGAAGAUGUGAUGCGCAAAGCGAAGACAGAUCAGUUUCUAGUUCGAGCUGGAAUUGCAGUGUGUCGGCUCUCAUCACAAACACACAGAAGCCCACAGGCAUCGCUGACGUGUACAGUAAGUUCCGUCCCGUGAAGCGAGUUUCCCCACUGAAACACCAGCCAGAGACUCUGGACAGCAAUGAAAGUGAUGACCAAAAGAACCAGAAGGUGGAGUGCCAGAAAGGGAGUGAUUCAGAGCCAGGCCCCCCACCUGAGGAGCUCAGCCCUGGAGAUGGAGACAGUGGCCCCCAAAGUAAGAGCACCGAGCCCAGCACCUUGCUGGGUGAACUGGAGCAUUAUGACCUUGACAUGGAUGAGAUUCUGGAUGUGCCUUACAUUAAAUCCAGUCAACAGCUUGCCCCUUUUACCAAGGUGACUUCAGAUAAGAGAAUUUUGGGUUUGUGCACAACCAUCAAUGGCCUUUCUGGCAAAGCCUGUUCUCCCGGAAGUGCCGAGAGCUCACCGUCCACCCUGACACCAUUCUGUGUUCUUUCUCCCGUGAAAAGCCCUCACUUGAGAAAAGCGUCAUCCAUCAUCCGCGACCAGCAAAAGCUCUCUGCUGAAGAGUCUGAGAGCUCACCGCCUUUGGUUAAGUGUGGCUCCGCAUACGAGCCUGAAAACCAGAGCAAGGACUUCCUAAACAAGACCUUUAGUGAUCCUCAUAGUCGAAAGCGCGAGAAGGCAAUGCCAGACUGCCAGCUCAGGGACUUCCAUCCACAGUCCUCUGCAACAGAACCCAAAGUGGAAGAGCAGAUCGGGGGUGUGAGCUGGACCAGCUCCCAAGGCCCAGAAGAAAGGAGUGAGUAUCUGAAAAAAGGGAAAAGCAUCUUGAACAUCGUUAAAGAAGGACAGAUAUCUCUCCUGCCCCACCUAGCUGCUGACAACCUAGACAAAAUUCACGACGAGAGUGGCAACAAUCUCUUACACGUGGCCGCAUCGCAGGGACACGCAGAAUGUCUGCAGCACCUCACGUCUCUGAUGGGAGAGGACUGCCUCAGUGAGCGGAAUACGGAGAGAUUGACUCCAGCAGGCUUGGCCAUCAAGAACGGUCAGUUGGAGUGUGUACGUUGGAUGGUGAGUGAAACCGAGGCCAUUGCCGAACUGAGUUGUUCUAAGGAUUUUCCAAGCCUCAUUCAUUACGCAGGUUGCUUUGGUCAGGAAAAAAUUCUUCUUUGGCUUCUUCAGUUUAUGCAAGAACAGGGCAUCUCGCUGGAUGAAGUGGACCAAGAUGGCAACAGUGCCGUCCACGUAGCCUCACAGCAUGGCUACCUCGGGUGCAUACAGACAUUGGUUGAAUACGGAGCAAAUGUCACCAUGCACAACCACGCCGGGGAGAAGCCUUCCCAGAGCGCCGAGCGCCACGGGCACACCCUGUGCUCCCGGUACCUGGUGGUGGUGGAGACCUGCAUGUCGCUGGCCUCUCAGGUGGUGAAGCUGACCAAGCAGCUGAAGGAACAGACAAUGGAACGUGUCACACUGCAGAACCAGCUCCAACAACUUCUAGAAGCCCAGAAAUCAGAGGGCAAGUCCCUCCUUUCCUUGCCCAGUUCGCCAUCCUCCCCCGCUUCCAGAAGGUCCCAGUGGAAAUCUCCAGAUGCGGAUGAUGAGUCUGUAGCCAAGAGCAAACCCGGGGUCCAAGAGGGGAUUCAGGUGCUCGGAAGCCUGUCGGCAUCCAGCCGGGCCAGGGCCAAAGCAAAAGAUGAAGAUUCUGACAAAAUCCUCCGCCAGUUACUGGGGAAGGAUAUCUCAGAGAGUGUCUGCACCCAGGAAAAGCUGUCCUUGGAAUUCCAGGAUGCUCAGGCUUCUUCUAGAAACUCAAAGAAGAUCCCUGCAGACAAGAGGGAGCUGAAGUUGGCUCGGCUGAGGCAGCUGAUGCAGCGGUCCCUGAGUGAGUCCGACACCGAUUCCAACACCUCUGAGGACCCCAAGAGCACACCCGUGAGGAAGGCCGACAGGCCCAGACCGCAGCCCAUCGUGGGAAGUGUGGAGAGUGUGGACAGCGCAGAAAGCCUGCACCUGAUGAUCAAGAAACACACGUUGGCAUCAGGACGCAGGUUUCCUUUUGGUAUCAAAGCCUCCAAAUCUCUAGACGGCCAUAGCCCAUCUCCCACCUCCGAGAGCAGCGAACCCGACUUGGAAUCCCAGUGUGCCACCUCAGGGACCACUCCCCCAAGCCAGCCCUCCGGAGACCCUACUCAGCCCAGCCCUGACAGCACCGCCACCCAGAAAGUGGCCAUGAGCCCCAAGAGUGCCCUCAAGUCUCCGUCUUCCAAGCGCCGGACAUCUCAGAACUUAAAACUCCGAGUUACCUUUGAGGAGCCCGUGGUCCAGAUGGAGCAAGCUAGCCUCGAGCCCACUGGCGAGAAGGACAGAGAUAAGGGCAGGACCCCCCAGAGGACCUCUACGGGUAGCGAAUCGGGGGAUCAACUGAAAAGGCCUUUUGGAACCUUCCGGUCUAUCAUGGAGACGCUCAGUGGCAACCAGAACAAUAAUAACAAUUACCAGGCAGCCAACCAGCUGAAGACCUCCACACUGCCGUUAACCUCACUUGGAAGGAAGACAACAGAUGCCAAGAGAAGUCCCGUGAGCUCUGCUAGCAAAGGAAAGAAUAAGGCGGAGAUGUACGGCAGCUGCGUCACCCUUUCCUCUAACACGCUGACCGAAGAGCCUCUGCGUAACCGUGCACGGCAUAAUGACAUCAACAGAAAAAUGAAGAAAUCCUACAGCAUAAAGCACAUUGCUGAGCCAGAGUCAAAUGAACUCUUCUUGUAAAUCACUUUUUUAUUAUCUCUCAUUGCUGCCCUUGGGACACCGUUUGGAAGUUUCUGGACUAUCCACUAUGGAAAUAGAAUCAUGAGAACAAUGCCUCACCAGCAGAAGAACAAUAUCAGGAUGCCUUAAAUUUAUAGUAGUAGACUCUAUAAUACACAUUUUGGGGUGAUAUUUGUAUAUAUAACUUGUUUCUAAAGAGAUGCUGUUUAAAAGCAUGAUCGGGCAAACGUUAUGUUGUUUUGAGCGUGGAUCGGUUCAACCUGCCCACACAACGUCCACCAAGCCACCGGUACCGUCUUUUAUUUCAUCCAUUGCAUGGGUGUUUGCUAAUGUUGAUUGAACAUUCUUUUUCCAGUAAAAUGGGCAGUUUGGCUCAGCUCCUCAGUGAGACCAGGUCAGUGGUACUGUUUUCUGUCAAGAGCGUUUUUUCUGUCAUUUCUACUUUUUGUAUAAAGGAAAUAAAACAAUGUUAACAGCA